UUCUGAAAGUAAAAAAAGAAACAAACCUGCAUUUAAUGAUUUUUUUUUUCUUCCCAUUGGUCAUUAGUUGCAAUGCAACAGACCAUAAUUAUAACACAGACACUACAUUAUAAUGUCAAUAUGGCUAAUGUGGUGGCAAACAUCCAUCCAGGAGAAACAGAGCACCACUGGCAUUCAUUUGAAGUUGUGUUUCAGGCCACCUGGAAAAAUUCAAGUUCAGUAUUCACUCUUAGCUUUGCUUUGGUCUGCACCAACUCCUGUCAGAAACAUUUGGCUUUUACUCCAAUGUAGGACUGCAAUGAUUAGUCAGUCAGUUAGUGAAUGGACAGAAAAUUAAUCAGCAGAUGUCACCAAACUAGUUUUAUAUUAUUCUAGCUGUUCCAAAUUAGCCUCUCCAGCUAGUUAAAAUUAACAUGGGACAUUUAAAUGUUUUAUUUAUGGUUAAAUUGGAAAAAUACCAGAUAAUAUGGUCAAAUUUCCCUUUAAACCUUAUUUUUUAUUCCUUUCCUCUCUGAGAUUGAAUGAUAUUAACCUUUCUAGUUAAGUACAACUAACAAACAAUAAUCAAACUAUCAACAAUCAAAGAUUCACUCAAAUUUAAAAUAAUUGGAGAAAUGAGGUUAUAUUUUUACCAAAUACUUUAGCAGUUUAUCCUAAAACUAAAUCCUAAAGCAGUGCAGUCCUUUCCUUUGCUCUACAGAGAUUAGUGAUGGUAACUCAGUGUCCAAAAUCACUCACAAUUAAAUACUUUGAGUGUUUAUUGUGUUUUGUGAUCUGUGAAUGAAUAAGGGAGGUUAUUCAGACACAGCUCAGCUAUAAAAACAAAAAACAAAAAACAAAUCUUCUUGGCCAUCAGAUGCAACAUGCAAGCUUCAUUCAGAUUCACAUUUGUCCCACUUCCAGUCUGGAGGAGGGAACAGGCUCCAAGGAAUGUGUCUUCACACUUGGUCAAAUUCCAAACUAAUUCAAAGGAUUUUUUUGAUUUUAUUUAUUUAUUUUGCUGUUCUAAAUGUUAUUUUCUAUUUAACUCUGCUCUGCUUUGUUAAAUGUGGCUAUAGUGUUCGUGUGUUCCACUCAUUAUUGCCACAGUUGCUAUUCCAACUUUAACCAGUUAAAUUAAACGUUUAGGUCAGCAAGUCUGUGCUUUUCUUUUAAACAAUCUACAGUAAGUAUCUUGAGGACAAACAGUGGAUCAUAAGCUGUGUGUGGCUCCUGCUGCGGUGAGUUCAAAGAGUUUUUAAAAAUGUUCUAGUUCAACUAUGUUGUGCAUACUGUAGCCAUGCCCUGCAACUUACCCUUUCCUCAUUCUUGCACAAUGACAAUAUACUAAAGCUGAUGUGUGUUUGCACACUGGGACCUGGGUGUCUGUCAAAUUUUUUAAAAUGUGUGUCUGAUAAUGUGUGAAUGUGUGUGUGUCUGCAGUGCCUUGAGAAUGUUUGAUGAGAAGCCUCUAGAGGCAUAUGGUGUCUAAAAAUACAAAUUCUGCCAUUGUGUUGAUAUGGAUGAACAGUAAAAAGAUGGAAGAGUGAGGAAGCGAGGGACAAGAGAUAGACAAAAAGGAGAAACAGAUCAUUUUAAGGCAGAUAUGUUUUUUAAAUAAAUCCUGUCUUUUCUCUUAGGCCUUAAUGUGUCUGCAAGUCAUCACUGUGACCUGACAAGCUGAAGCAGGUGCGAAUAGCUCUCUGAAAUCCUUUAUAGACAAGCUUCAAAUGUAACACUGUAACAGACAGCGGGCACAGUGCCACAGCCAAGUAGCAGUGGUUUGGUUGCCAGUCAGCCCCAUUUUCAGCCAUCCCUGUUAUGUUUGGCAAAUGGGUUAGGCUGUAGUGUUGGCUGAGAGAGAGUUCUGGCAACCCAAAAUGGUGGUGGUGACAAAAGACAUGAAGCUUGUUCGUCUUUCUCAAAUAAAGUGGCUAAUUGCAUGGGCAGCAGCACACAUGUAUGAUACAGGAGGACUAUACACACACGAAACACAUCCUGUAUGUGUAUGUGGUCUCUCUAGCACUUAGUCAAUAGAGUUAGUGUUAUCAUUCAGCAGACAGGUGGGUCAUUUAUAUGAUAAAGUCACUGAUGCCACCUGAGCUGCUGAAGAUGGGUAUACUUUAUUUUAGGAUAAACACAGCCACUACAACAUUACUGUGUGUGUGGCUGUGAGUGGGUGUACACCUGCCUGCCUCUUUCCACCUCUAUCCCCACCUCCAUUUACCAUAGAGUCCAAGAGAAGUGAAGGAUUAUCUGAUUGUUUGUGGAGACCGAGAGACGUCAUCCCCAGCAAGGGGAUUUAUUUGUAUUUGUGUGUACAUGUGUGUAUGUAGAUAGAGGAACCUGUAUUUCAGUACAUGACAUUGAGAAAAUCCAUGGUCAAAUCCAUGCUUUAAUUCAAUUUGGCUUCCAUUAAUAGCAGUAUAUCUUUGCCCGUGUGACUUGAUGACUCCCACACUGUAAUGAAAGACAAACAUCUUUGCUUGUGCCCCCAUAUAUGAGACUACAUGGCUGUUCAUUGAACUAUGUUGUGCUCUCAGGAAGUGGAGUUUAAUGGUCAGACUAUAGAGGAGCGCAGUGUGGUUUCUAACUUAACCUUUGACCAUUGCAUGAUAAAACUCACUAGAAACAAUGUGGCUGAUAAUGUAGAGCCUGCCUUUGGUUUAUGAGCUCUUGCAGUGCUUCCGCAGGAAACUGUUUCCACGUGACUAAGCACAACUCAAUCACACUGGGUCACAGCAACCCUGUGGUGAAUCCAGGGAGGAUAGGGAGAAAUAUGUUCAGUGUUUCAAAGUGUUUGGCCUUUGCUUUCUCCUAUGGAUCAUUUAUUUGAUUUUUUUUCAGCUCUAUUGCAUCUUACAACCUGAAACCAGUGUCUUAUUCUACUGGGCCCUUAUUACUCUCUAAACACCAAUUUGCAGCACCUUGACAUACCAGCCACCUUUACAAGAAGUGCCGUGAUCUUCAUUAUCUUGAUUGUAGCAUUGACUGGUUACCUUGAAAUGUCAGCCUGAAUGUAGAGUAUGAAGUGUAACAGCCAGGUGUGACAUUUUAACCCAGUCUCCUCUGUGUCCAAGCUGUGUAAGCUCCAGUAAUGAGCAGAAGAACUGGAGAGAGUGGAGAACAUGAACAGAAAAGAGGGAGGUAAAAAAAAAAAAGCAAAGUAGAAGGGAGGAGGAAUACAGCCAAAGAGGUGUAGUAGAAGAGAGGGUGAGAGAAUGAACAGCUCAUGAAAAUGAAAGAUACACCGAGCGUUAGUCAGGUCUGGAGCGGGGAGGGGAACGAGCAUCUGGAGAGCGAGGAGAGGAGAAAAGAGAGAGGUGUGAGAAGGAGCGAGCGAGAGUCAGGAAUCUGCGGAUGUGUGAAGAAGUAAGCUGGGUGUGAUGCUGUGUGACUAAUGCCGGUCUCCGGAGUACACAGUGAGGAACGCGACUCUGCUGAUGACUUUCUGCCGCCCUGCAGUGAUGGAGACCCACUCAGCUCAUUAAAACAUACAAUAAUUGCCUAAUGCUCAAUAGUACGUGUAUGUUGUUGUGGUUGUUUUAAGGUACUUUUGCAUAACUGGCCAAGUUUACAGUACAGUAUGUUGCUCAUGUACAUACUGUGUAGUUCAGUCUUUGUGUGUGUACGAGAUCUUACCUGAAUGCUAUGAUAGACGUUUCCUUUGCUGACAGUGUGAUAUAUUCCUUCUGCCUUAGAUGACACAUUAUAUAUAUCAAGCUCUGUGUGUGAUGUAUUUGGCUCUGAAAGCAGGCGAUGCACCAAUCCAUCAGUUUGCAACAUCUGCACUGUCUGGCACACUUUUCCAGCUUGUCUACUACUUUUCCCUGUCACAUCCUUGUCUUGACCAUUUCUCAUUACCCUGUCUUGUCUGAUUCUUGUUUUUCUCCUUCCCCUCUCACUUGUCCUCCACCCCCUCCAGAGGUGCCGGUGUCAUCUGUGCUUUGUCUCUCCUCGGUCAGAGAGCUCCCAGUUCAGGUCAGAGAACUCUACGCGCAGGGUUUUGUCCUGGUUGCCAUCCACCCGUUUGUCCACCCCUGUGGCCCUCACCAUGCACACAUCCAACGCCAGCUCCACCGGGCAGUGCUGGUCCGAGAAACGCCAAGUUCUGAGAAAAGCCAGCUGAGGUGGGCAAGACAUCGUCUCGAGACAGACGUGUGUGUGGCGGGUCACCAGGCUGCUGACCCGGAGGUGAUCCAGAGCUAUGUCAAGAAGAUCCAGGAUGUAUCAGAGCAAGGAGUGAUGUUUGUCAGCUUUCUUCAGCAGCCAGGUGGUGGACCCUGCUUCUUGGGUCACUGUGACCCCGAGGAGCUGUCGUCCUUGCAUUCAAGCCCGUCACCCAUACAUCGACACCCCUUCAGCACCAAGAGCAGCCCAACGGAUCCAACAGAACCAUAUCAAAAUGGUGUAGAACCUGACCAUCACCCUGUUGAACCUUCAGAGUUAGAUCAUGAAGGUGCAGAAUGUAACAGAGAAUCAGACUUAAGCCCUCUGAAACACACCCAGAGUUCAGAGGAAUCGAAUGGAAAAAUCCAGACCUCACAGAUUAGUCUCAAAGAGUCACCAGAAAUAACACGUCAACCUCAAAAUCACAGGAAACUUGGUGAAGACACAGUUCAAUGGUGUCCAUGUCAAAACCCGGCAGAUGGCCUAGGGAACCAGCUGCAUCCCAGCUCCUGUCAAAUUGCAGGUACAGUCAGAGUGCAAGACAGUAGUUUACCAUGCCUCGAAGAACCUGCAGAAAAACAUUCUAAACUUCAGAACCAGAGAGAAAGACGAGGUUCAGGCUCAGACAGCUGGCUCAGCUCUCCAGAACUCAAUCCCAACCUUGAAAAAACAUCAGAUAGGCAAAGCAGAGUGACAACACACAACAACAACAACCAUAUCCGGCUCAAGAGUUCAGAGAAAGAUAAGAAGGCAACUUCACCACCAGCACAGGCCAGGAUGCAGCUCUUUGCGCUGUACAACCACACAGGGGAGCUGAACACUUCUCUAAGGUUCUACUCACUCAGGGUGCCACUUCGAGUACAAAAGGAAGCAGGGUUAAUCACAGAAGUUGACACACACUGGCUUGAUCACAUGACCCAGCAUUUCACCAGCGGCGCACGCCUGAUUGAUGGUUUUUUUCAACUUGGAGAUGCUAAUGACAAUGGGGUAUCAUCUGUGGAUAGUGUGUUCAUCUUCCAGAGCUCUUCGGAAGAGACCAAAAACACCUCUUAUGAUGCUAUCGUGGUAGAGCAGUGGACCGUUGUUGAUGGUGUUGUGGUGAAGACAGAUUACAUUCCACUGCUCCAGUCUUUAGCUCCGUAUGGAUGGAGGCUGAUGUGUGUGUUGCCAACACCAAUCGUGAAGACCAACAGUGAUGGGAGUUUGUCAACCAAGCAAAUCCUCUUUCUUCAGAGACCCAUUUUGCAGCGCAAGAGAAAAGACUUCAAGAUGCUAAACCUCAGGGGUCGCAGCAAGGCAAAGAAAAGCUCUGCUGGUGAAGUGGAGAGAGAGAGCAGGUCCCCAGUGAUGGAAACAGAGAUGGACAGGCUGAGAAGAGACACAAAAGAGGAGAGAGAGGGGAGGAAGGGACCAGAUAGCGAAAGGAGUGAAGGAACACCCCCUCAGAAAGGUUGGGAGGAGAGGGCAGAGAAUGCAGAGCCUCAAAGGGGCUUCUCUUUUCUAUCAGGGAGCAUGAUUUCUGUUGAAGACCAGGAAGAGGAAACUGACUUUGAGAAGAUCCAACUGUCCAAGCAAGAGAAGUCUGUGAGAUGGACAGAUGUGUGUCAGAGAAAUGAGGGAGGGGUCAAGAAGGAGCUGAAGACUGAAGAGCGAAUCAAACACCAGCUGUUCUCUGGGGUCUGUUGACACACUGGGAGUAAAAUAGGCAAAAGAAAGCUAAAACCUGAUUAGUUUGUACUAAAAAGAAAUGUUUUGUUGAUCUGGAUUUAUACUGUAGUUUGUCUGUGGACAACCCAGAUGUAGUCAGUCAUAUACUUUAUUUAUAUAUUCACAUAUUGUUGCAGAUCCAGUCUUCUCUGUUUAGGAUGUUAAAGAGUAUCUCUGAGGUUGUAGCCUCUGGGAAAGUGUUGUGCAGUGGUUCUGCUUUGAGUCAGUGUUGCAUUUUGAUUUGUAUUUAACACUGAUCAGCCAUAACAUUAUGACCACUGACAGUUGAAUUGAAUAACACUGACU